AUGGUUGGCCUCGUUUCCGCAGCCGGCUUGGUUGGCUUCCUCUCCGAACCCGAUCCUGAACUGAAGGUCUUCGCCCUCAAGGCCCUGGAUGCGCAAGUCGACUUGCUGUGGACGGAAAUUGCCGAUUCUAUUGACAAAAUAGAGGCGCUCUUCGAGGAUGAAUCGUUCCAGGAACGUGAGCUGGCUGCUCUGGUUGCUGCUAAGGUAUACUACCAUCUUCAAGAAUAUAAUGAGAGCAUGGUAUUUGCGCUGGGGGCAGGAAAACUAUUAAAUUUGGAUAAUGGUGGCGAGUUCGAAGAAACGAUUAUAUCGAAAUGCGUCGAUACAUUUAUUUCGAUAUCUGCCAGUCCGAAGUCAUCGAAUGCUGCGCAGGUUUCCAAGAGCAUCCCGCGCCCAAAUAAUUCAUUUUCUCCGUCUGCAAAUGGGGCAACCAGCACUUCCGCAGGUCUUACGUCGCCCAUCACUCCGUUCUCUCAGUCUGCCUUGCCAUCGAAAUCCCUGCUCUCGCGACAGGACUCAACGCCGUUGGAGGCUGGUGGUGAGGACGCAGGUGCGGAUGCCGGCGAGGUCCCCCUUGUGAUUCAGCGAGGUGUUCAGAAGCAGCUCCAGGCCGUAAUUGAAAGGCUAUUUGAGCAGUGCUUCCAACAGAAACGCUAUCGCCAAGUCGUGGGCAUAGCCGUUGAAGCAAAGAAUCUCGACGUACUACGAAAGGUUAUUCUUUGCGCGAGUGAAGACGAAAAGCAGCAGGAGGCAUCCUCACGAAGUAGUGAAGAGCUUAUGGAAUAUGUUUUGGAUAUCUGUAUGAGCGUUGUACAGGAAAGGGCUUUCCGAAACGAGAUCCUGAAAUUGAUCCUUGAGCUUUUGAAUGAAAUACCUUCACCGGACUAUUUUUCUAUCGCGAAAUGUGUUGUCUACCUUAAUGAGCACUCAAUGGCUUCGGAUAUUCUACGUCAACUAGUCGAAAAAGGAGAUCCACGUUCUUUAUCUAUCGCCUAUCAGAUUUCGUUCGACUUGUACGACAACAGCACGCAGGAAUUCUUGAGAAAGGUUCGACAGGAAAUUAGCCAGCUGAUUCCUGACCCAAGUGAAAGUGAAACCCAGAAUGAGGAGUAUGACGCCAACGCAACUAAAGAAACGGACUCGUUAUUCCAGAAUCAAGAAAGUCGGUCUGAAACCUCUAACAGCCGGAGUUUGGGCUCGGAGGGUGUGAAACACAAAUUCUCUGACGAAGCGCGAGCGGCCUUGAAAUCUAUCCGCGAUAUCGUCGAUGGUGUCAAUUCUAUUCAAUUAUAUCUGGAAUUCAUGUUCCGGAACAACAGAGCCGACAUUGCAAUACUUAACAAAAUAAAGGAUAGCUUGGAAGCCCGUAACUCCAUAUUCCAUACCGCCGUGUCGCUCUCCAAUGCGUUCAUGCACGCAGGAACUACACACGACAAAUUCUUCCGUGACAACCUUGAAUGGCUAGGUAAAGCUGUCAAUUGGUCAAAGUUCACUGCCACGGCGGCCCUUGGUGUGAUCCAUCGAGGAAACCUAACCCAGGGACAGCGGCUUCUUGCGCCAUAUCUCCCCAAGGAUAAUAUUGCUGGAGUUGGCGGUUCCGGAUCGGUUUAUAGUCAAGGCGGCUCAUUAUACGCCUUUGGCUUGAUCUAUGCUAAUCACGAAGGCUGGGCAGUGGACUUGAUUCGAGAGCAUUUCACGAAAGCAACGGAAGAAGUGAUCCAGCACGGUGGCGCACUUGGUCUGGGUGUUGCUGGGAUGGCAACUGGUGAUGAAGGCAUAUACAAUGACCUCAAGUCUGUCUUGGAAACCGACUCCGCUCUUAACGGAGAAGCUGUUGGUCUUGCAAUGGGUCUUGUUAUGCUUGGGACGGGUAACAUGAAAGCUUUGGAGGACAUGAUCCGGUAUGCCCACGAUACUCAACACGAAAAGAUCAUCCGCGGUGUUGCCUUGGGUAUGGCUCUUAUUAUGUAUGGACGACAAGAAGCUGCGGAUGAAUUAGUCAAUGGGCUCUUGGGUGACCCUGAUCCUACGUUACGUUACGGUGGUAUUAUGACUAUUGCCCUCGCAUACUGCGGAACUGGUAGCAAUAAAGCGGUCCGACGACUUCUACAUGUCGCUGUUAGUGAUGUUAGCGAUGACGUGCGCAGGGCAGCCGUGAUGAGUCUUGGAUUUAUUCUGUUCCGCAAGUACCAGAGUGUCCCUCGCAUGGUUGAACUUCUUUCAGAAUCUUACAACCCCCACGUCCGUUACGGCGCUGCUAUGGCCCUUGGGAUCUCUUGUGCUGGAACCGGGCUAGAUGAAGCUGUGGAUCUUCUGGAGCCAAUGUUGAAGGACCCGACAGAUUUUGUACGGCAGGGCGCUUUGAUCGCAUUGUCGAUGGUUCUGGUUCAGCAGAACGAGACCAUGAAUCCGAAGGUUGGCGCCAUUCGCAAGGCAAUGCAGAAGGUAGUCGGGGAUAGGCACGAGGAUGCUAUGGCCAAAUUUGGAGGUGCACUUGCGUUAGGAAUUAUUGAUGCGGGAGGGCGGAACUGUACCAUCAGCCUCCAGACACAGACUGGCAACCUCAAUAUGCCUGGAAUUGUUGGAACGGCAGUUUUUACGCAAUACUGGUAUUGGUUCCCGCUUUCACACUUCCUUUCUUUGAGUUUCACUCCUACUGCUGUCAUUGGAGUCGACCAGAAGCUGGAGGUUCCCGUAUUCAGGUUCCACAGCAAUACACGACCAAGCCUUUUCGACUACCCCCCCGAAAUUCAGGUUAAAGCAGACGAAGCGCCGGAGAAGGUAAAAACUGCUGUACUUUCAACCACAGCCCAGGCCAAGCGGCGUGCGCAGAGGAGAGAAAAGCUGCAGCGUCGGGAGAGCAUGGAUAUCGACCAAACUCCUACCACCCCCAAGGUGUCGACGCAGCAUGUCGAUAAGAUGGACGUGGAUGAGAACGUUGUGAAAGCGGAAGAAGAUGGGAAGGAGGGUGAGAAGGACGGGCCCCAAACAGAGGCACCGAAACGCAAGAUGGAGAAAGAAAAGGUUGGCUGUGAGCUGCAAAAUAUGUCUAGGGUACUUCCAGCACAGCUGAAAUACCUCACUUUCCCCGACCCGAGAUAUGAACCCGUCAAGCGCCCUACCGGAGGAGUUGUCGUUGUCCUGGACAAAAACCCGUCCGAACCGCGUGAGAUCAUCGAGCUACGGGCGAGUAGGGAGACGAAGCAGCCCGCAGGCGGGGAGACGAUCCAAGACCGAAUCAACGCUGCCAUGAGCGCGUUGGAGUGGCCUACGGAUGCUGCAGUUGCGGGCGCAACUGGGGGAGCGGCAGCAGCAGCUGGUGUGCUAACCGCAGUUGAUGAGGAUGAAGAAGGAGCAGAAGAAGCACCGGUGCCCAAUGAGUUCGAUUACUAUUCUGAUAAUGCGGAAGAAUAA